CCACGCCCGUCUUCUUUUCACAUCCUGCCCUGUGCUGGAAACUUCGCCCGCGCGGUGUAUUGUGGGAUUACUAACCGGCGUUCUUUUCCUCUGUUGCAAAAAUGAUGCCCACUCCCGUUAUCUUACUAAAGGAAGGAACAGAUACCUCUCAGGGUAUUCCACAGGUUGUUAGCAACAUCAAUGCCUGCCAAGUUAUUGCCGAGGCAGUCCGUACCACCUUGGGCCCAAGGGGAAUGGACAAACUUAUUGUUGAUAAUAGAGGCAAAGCAACCAUUUCUAAUGACGGUGCCACAAUUCUGAAACUGCUGGAUGUUGUGCAUCCAGCAGCAAAAACUUUGGUUGACAUUGCCAAGUCCCAAGAUGCAGAGGUUGGCGAUGGAACAACAUCAGUGACACUGCUAGCAGCAGAAUUCUUAAAGCAGAUUAAGGCAUAUGUUGAGGAAGGGUUACAUCCUCAAAUUAUUAUCCGUGCUUUUCGUACUGCAACACAGCUGGCUGUUAAAAAAAUUAACGAGAUUGCUGUCGCUGUGAAAAAACAUGAUAAAGAAGAGCAAAGAAAUCUCCUGGAAAAGUGUGCCUCUACAGCUUUGAACUCCAAAUUGAUUGCUGCACAGAAAGGCUUUUUCUCUAAAAUGGUGGUUGAUGCGGUAAUGAUGCUGGAUGAACUGUUGCUUCUGAAAAUGAUAGGAAUCAAAAAAGUACAAGGAGGAGCUCUGGAGGAUUCUGAGCUUAUUGCUGGGGUUGCUUUCAAGAAAACCUUCUCUUAUGCUGGAUUCGAAAUGCAGCCUAAGAAGUAUGAAAAUCCGAAGAUUGCCCUCCUAAAUGUAGAACUUGAACUGAAAGCUGAAAAGGAUAAUGCAGAAGUCCGAGUUAAGUCUGUAGAGGAUUAUCAAGCUAUUGUUGAUGCAGAAUGGAAUAUCCUCUAUGAUAAGCUGGAGAAAAUCUACAAGUCAGGCGCAAAAGUAAUUCUUUCCAAGCUGCCCAUUGGAGAUGUAGCCACCCAGUACUUUGCUGAUCGUGAUUUGUUCUGUGCAGGAAGGGUUCAGGAAGAAGACUUGAAAAGAACAAUGAUGGCAUGUGGAGGCUCUAUCCAAACCUCUGUAAAUUCCCUUACUAAUGAUGUCUUGGGGCAGUGUGCUGUUUUCGAAGAAGUUCAGGUUGGAGGUGAAAGGUAUAACAUCUUUAAAGGUUGUCCAAAGGCCAAGACCUGUACAAUUAUUUUAAGAGGAGGCUCUGAGCAGUUCAUGGAAGAGACAGAGAGAUCUUUGCAUGAUGCUAUAAUGAUAGUCAGAAGAACAAUAAAGAAUGAUUCUGUUGUGGCAGGAGGUGGUGCCAUUGAGAUGGAGCUGUCAAAGUAUCUUCGAGAUUACUCUCGUACCAUUCCAGGAAAGAUGCAGCUAUUGAUUGGUGCUUAUGCAAAAGCACUAGAAAUUAUUCCACGCCAGCUAUGUGACAAUGCUGGGUUUGAUGCUACAAACAUUCUGAAUAAACUUAGAGCUAAGCAUGCACAGGGUGGAAUGUGGUAUGGAGUGGAUGUUAACAAUGAAGACAUUGCUGAUAAUUUUGAGGCAUGUGUGUGGGAGCCAGCCAUUGUUAGAAUUAAUGCACUGACUGCUGCUUCAGAAGCUGCCUGCCUCAUCCUGUCUGUAGAUGAAACCAUUAAGAAUCCCCGGUCUGUCGUAGAUGGUCCUCCCUCAGCUGGCCGAGGCCGUGGAAGACCACAUGCCCACUAGAGAGUGCUGUUCUACAAAGUAGGGCAAGGCCAAAAGCAGAGCAGAUACUUUGCUGUCUGCCAAGGAGCACUUUCACUGGUACCAGGGAGGAUAAGAUGGCGUUCACAAAAUUAAAUUGUCAUACUUAAUAUUAAACAGCACAGACCUUCUAGAAAAGGAGCAAAUAUGCAGUGAUUCAUCCCAUGCAGCAUGAUGUUUUUGAUUAAGGGUGAUAACCUCUUGACAGCUUCUGUCAUGACUGUACACUGUAACUUAAACUAGAGGUCUAGACAUUGGGCUCAGAAUUCCAUUCACUUCCAUCCUAACAGAUGACUACUCAAGUUGUUGUCGUCAUGAGAAGCUCCUAGAAAACACCUUCAGAGGCAGCAGGAUAUUGUGUUGUCAGCCAUGUCUUAUUUAUUUCAGUUUAAUGGAGGUCUUUGUUACUAUGAUGACAAAUAAACAAUGGUUUCUGAGAGA